UUUAUUUCGCCUCCACCCACGGCUUUGCUGCCCCACCAGGAGCUCCCGGCCGGCGCCUCCCGCCGCUGCCUCUCGCGGGCCGGCGUGAGCGUAGCAGAGAGCUCGGGCACCCCAGUGCCCCGGGCAGCCGCGCGGCGCCACCAGGAAAGGCGGGGAGCCAACGCGGGCCCGGGGAGGGCUCGCGCGGCCGGCUCCCGGCGGCUUGGAGGAGACUUUCCCCGCCCUCUGCCUCCGCCUCGGCUGCCAGCCCCGGCCCUGGGAGCGGGGUGCCGCCCCUCCCGCCCCGCGCGCGGCUAGGCGCAGUCCAGAGCCACCGCGCCCUGCGCCCCGUGCGACGACGCCGCUCCUGGUCCUCUGCUUAGCGGCCCGGGAGGCCCAACCGGCGCGCAAACUUUUGCUCCAGCGCCGGGCGCUCCUCCCCGGCAUGUGAAGCCCCCUGGCGCCCGCGCAGCCGCCAAGUUCGCCCCAGGAGCGGGCGCCGCUGGCCGAGAUGCUCCUCCGGGACUUGGUGCUGCGCCGUGGCUGCUGCUGGUCCUCGCUGCUGCUGCACUGCGCGCUCCACCCGCUCUGGGGCUUCGUGCAGGUGACGCAUGGUGAGCCCCAGAAGUCCUGCUCCAAAGUGACUGACAGCUGCCGACACGUCUGCCAGUGCCGGCCCCCUCCCCCGCUGCCCCCGCCGCCCCCACCCCCGCCGCCUCCCCGACUCCUCUCCGCCCCAGCUCCCAACUCUACCUCUUGCCCCACUGAGGAAAGCUGGUGGUCAGGGCUGGUGAUCAUCAUUGCUGUGUGCUGUGCCUCCCUGGUGUUUCUGACUGUGCUUGUCAUCAUUUGCUACAAAGCCAUAAAAAGGAAACCACUGAGAAAAGACGAAAAUGGCACCAGCGUUGCUGAGUAUCCCAUGAGUGCUUCGCAGAGCAACAAAGGAGUGGACGUGAACAAUGCAGUGGUGUGAGUCUGCAGGCCCUGGACCCGCUGGCCAGAGGGACACCUUGGUGGCACUGGUGGACAUGGGAAAGCAGGUGGACAUGAGCUAACCCUGAGCUUGUCCAGGACUUCAUUGCCUCACAGGCCCUGAGCCUCCCGCAGGAGAAAUCAUUGUCUUCCCAGGCUUGCCCCUGGUCAGCCUGCGGGCCCAGUCGGCUUGGACACCAGGUUGAGCCCAGCUCACGCUGCAUGCAGCACCUGGGCAGUGUCCCCACCCCAGGCCCUCCACAUCCCCCUCCCUGUCUGGUGUCUGGUCCGUCGACUGCUCCCAGCUGCUGUCUAAAGCAUGUGCACCGGCAAAGCCAGAGGGAUCUGUCUUUCUGCUGUGGCAGGGAGGCUUCCCCCUUUAGCCAAAAGAAAGAUGGUCCGGGGCCCACUCCCUGCCGGAAAACCUCUCCUCCUCCCAGGAAGCCUGCCUGCUCCUCUGUUCACAUUCUCAACAGAAGCCAUCGGCACAGCCAGCAGACAGACGUCCCCUUUCAAAGGUGCUUCCCACACAUCUGUUCAUCGCCCCAUCUGCAGUUGUCAAUCUUCAGGGCCUGCCUUCUCCCUCCUAUCCCCACUGACACCCCACACCCUAAGCUCCUGACUGCCUGCCAUGGAGGGCUGUGAGUCCAGCCUGCAAAAUCCCCUCCUGAGCAGACACAGGAGCACGUUUACACUCGGGGGCAGUGUCUGGCCUUCCGGGGGCAAGACGACUCACUGAACCCGCGGCCCAGGGCCACUGGGCAAGGGCAGAGGCCACUGCACCUGUCCUCAGACUCAUCCCCACACUUGACCCCAUAGGAACUGAUGCAUCUAUGUGAGCCAGGCCCUGCCUUAGUCAGCAGAGGCCACUACUUGUGCCAAAUCCACUGUGGGCAUGCUGUACCAGGCUGAUGCUGGCCAGGCGCUGGAUGUCCCCCACAGUCCCCUGAGGCCUGACUGUUGUACUCAGGCCCUCUCCCAGAGUCCUCCAUCAUCUCCCCAUUUUACCCUCCCCCAAGCCCCAGUCACCAAGAAGGAGGCGUUGUUCUUCCACAGUCUCAUGCUAUAGAAGCGCUGAGCCCUCCAGCGUGGUUGGAGGAUCAAGGGAUGAAAUGGGAC